AAAUCAGAUAUGAUUUGUAGUGUAAACUGUAGAUAAACCUAAUUUACAUAAUAUUUUUCAACAUUACCAUUAUGUAACGCGGAUUUAAAGUGUCAUUUUUUUUUUGUAUUUUUGGCAUAGUGUAGCAUGUGACCGCAAUUGUUAUAGUGAAGAUAAUCGAGUGAUUUAAUUAAUCAAAUCGAUACCGAAUUUGAAUCGAUAAAGUUUAUCAAUUGAAGUGACGUAUGCAUAAUUAAGUAGGUACAUAAUAUUAUUUUAAAUUAUUCAACUUUGGGUUACUUUGUAAGAAGGUGUAACACACGCACCAUUUUUGGAGUUUGUUUUCAAAUGUUGUGAAGUAAUUAAAAAAAAUGGGUUGUUAUUAUAUUGAAAUCGAGUGCAAGUGAUAUUGUGACUUUUAACAGACUGACCAAAAAAGGAAGAAGAAGGAAAUUCACAAUUCGGAAGUUCGUAUUUUUUAAGUGUUUAUUUGUGUAGGUUGAUCAAUUGGCCGUGAAAGCGGCAGCAGCACGUCAAAUCCAACCCAGAUAUCGACCGAUUUCAUGCAGCCGCUGCACGUGCAGUCGGCAGCUCGAUUCCAGAACAUACCUUAUCAGUAGGAGUUAAGAAGAAACAAUGGUAGCUGCAAAAAGACUGAUUUUGUACAUUGGAGUGCCGCUCGUAGCUUUACUGUUAGUGGUGGGAACUGCCGUAGGAUUGAUAUUUUAUUAUACAGAUCCUGAAGCCGCUGCAGCGAAUUCAAGAAAGAAACUAGUAAUUGACCAUGACGGAGGCGCGGACGAUGCCUUUGCCAUAACCAUGAGUUUGCUCAAUGAGAAAUACUUCUGCGGGCCAAACGUAGUCGCCUUGACAGCGACAUUCGGCAAUGUGAACAUAUCUCAGGCGGUAAUCAACAGCGAUAGAAUACUAUCAUUAGUUGACAGGCAAGAUGUGCCAAUAUACAAAGGUGCUUCAAAAGCCGUGAUAGGCGGCAUAGAAUCCGACAACUUCUAUGGUUACGAUGGCUUGGGUGACGACGGCUAUAUGGCUGCGGGACCUAUUGAUUAUGAGGACCAAUACGCUGCAGUUGCUCUUUUAGAACUGUCCAAGAAAUAUGAAGGAGAUCUGAUAAUAAUAGCUGUUGGUCCUGUAACGAAUCUAGCGUUGGCGGCACGGCUCGACCCUGAUUUUAUCGGGAGACUUCAUCAACUAUACGUUGGUGGUGGUCAUAUUUAUAGUGAAGCACACCCUAAGCCAGAAUUCAACGCCCACGUGGACCCUGAAGCUUACCGCAUCGUGGCUGACAGCGCUACACCUGACAAAGUGACUUUUGUACCGUUCUCACAAGUUUACGACACGCUGAAUGUAUCUCAAACUUGGCGCGAAGAUGUCUUAGGACAAAUUCCGACGCCAACAAUGAGAGCUCUGAACGGAUUUGAAAGGAUAUCAUCUCAAAGCUACACCGCCUGGACACAGCUGGACCCGGCAGUAACUGCUGUGGCAUUGCAUGAUAUUGCUGAUGAAUACAGGAAUUCUAACUUUAGCAUUUUAUUGGAAGGUGAAAAACGAGCAAUAAACACAAACGACUUUUCUUCUGAACAUCCAAACGCAAGACUGAUGUAUGCAGCCAAUAAGGACAGAUAUAAGAAGUUUUUAAUAGAUAUUUACUCCGCUGAGUUAUCGCCUUGAUUUAAUUAAAAAUAACGUAAUUUUUGUGACAAAUAUAAUUAAUAAUCUACAGCCAUUAGAUGCCUGACGUAUGUGCAUUAAUGUUUUGUUCAUAAAGUUAAACUUCCUAGCGGCAAAGUUAUUUGUGGCCACUGUACUGUAUUAAAUAAUAAUCAUUAAAAAAACCUUAGACCGGUGUUACACUAUAAAAAAAAAUUACGGACGUGUGACACAUGUUUAACAAAACAUUCGAAUAAGUUAUUUAUUUUCAAAUAUUUUUAUAACAAAACUUGUUCGUUUUUAAGGGUUAAAUCGAAGAGUAUCUACAACCAAAUGCCUAAACUAUAGCAGCAAUUAUAUCAAUCAGUUUGAUUAGCAUAUUUUUCAAUCAGUUAGGUUAUUUAGCGAUAAGCAUAAUGUUCAUAAUUAAGUAUAAAAUGUUUGUAUAAGUUUAUUUAUAAACAACCGCCAUA